UUGGCAUUAGUGCUCGUCUAUUUUUGGCUGGGUACGGAGCUGCUGGCUCCCGCGAGAAUCUCAAAAGGCCAGCCGGAAAAGAACAAAUCAAACUGUUUUUCCAGUUGCGAGUUGCAUUUCGCACUGAUAAGUCAGAGCAACCGGAAAGUGUACGGAGGAGCAUUUGGCUGUGCAAUUAGAGACUUUGCUACAACGUUUUUUUCGGCUAACGCGGCGUGUUCUCUCUGUUCAUCUCUCUACGCUUCGAUAUCGGCAACUGAUAUAUACCGUACAAAAUGGCCGACACGGAGAUCAUUGUGACCAAUGCCGGGGAGCCCUCGACCAAAGCCAGUCUGAUCGUUGUCUCCAAUCGUUUGCCCUUCGUCUUGACGCGCAAUGCCAAAACCAAAGAGUUGGAACGCAAGGCUAGUGCUGGCGGUCUCGUUACGGCCGUCUGCCCGGUUGUCAUCAAGGGCAGUGGCUUAUGGGUCGGCUGGUCGGGCAUACAUCUGGAGGAUCCCAAUGAGGCGAUACCCGAAUCGAAUCCGUAUGAUCAGACGCCAACAGCUGGCCUGAAAUCCGAUCAAGUGGUGUCGGUGAACAUCGAUGCGAAGAUCUUUGAUAGCUACUACAAUGGCUGCUGCAACAAGAUCUUCUGGCCGCUCUUCCACUCGAUGCCGGGGCGUGCGAACUUCGGAGGCGAACACUGGCACGACUAUGUGACCGUGAACAAGCAUUUCGCUGUGCGCACCAUCGAGGCGCUGGAGAAGUGUCUGGCCAAGAACAACGGCAGCGAGAAGAAUCCGCCAAUCGUCUGGAUCCAUGACUAUCAUCUGAUGUUGGCCGCCAAUUGGGUGCGUGAGCAUGCCGAAGAGAAGAAUCUGCCAUGUCGCUUGGCCUUCUUCCUGCACAUACCCUUCCCGCCAUGGGACAUCUUCCGUCUGCUGCCCUGGUCCGAUGAGAUAUUGCAGGGCAUGCUCGGUUGCGAUCUGGUGGGCUUCCACAUCCAGGACUAUUGCCUCAACUUCGUGGACUGCUGCCAGCGCAAUCUGGGCUGCCGUGUGGAUCGCAACAAUCUGCUGGUGGAGCAUGGCGGACGCACUGUGCGCAUCCGUCCACUGCCCAUUGGCAUACCUUAUGAGCGCUUUGUCAAUCUGGCCCAGAAUGCACCCAAAGUGCUGAAAACGUCUAAGCAACAGAUUAUUCUCGGCGUGGACCGAUUGGACUAUACCAAGGGUCUGGUGCAUCGUCUGAUGGCGUUUGAGGCGCUGCUGCUCAAGUAUCCACAGCACAAGGAGAAGGUCAGUUUGCUGCAGAUCUCUGUGCCCUCUCGCACAGACGUCAAGGAGUACCGCGAGCUGAAGGAGGAAGUGGAUCAACUAGUCGGGCGUAUCAAUGGCCGUUUCACCACUGCUAACUGGGCUCCCAUACGCUAUAUCUAUGACUAUGUCAGCCAGGAUGAGUUGGCCGCUUUGUAUCGCGAUGCAGCUGUCUGCCUGGUCACCCCACUGCGUGAUGGUAUGAAUCUGGUGGCCAAGGAAUUUGUCGCCUGCCAGAUUAACGAGGUGCCCGGCGUGCUGGUCAUCUCACCGUUUGCCGGCGCUGGUGAAAUGAUGCACGAGGCGCUGCUCUGCAAUCCGUACGAGGUGAAUGAGGCCGCUGAGGUAAUUCAUCGCGCUUUGACCAUGCCCGAGGAUGAGCGCGUGCUACGUAUGGCACGCCUGCGUCGUCGCGAGGCCGAGUGCGAUGUUAGCCACUGGAUGCGCUGCUUCUUGAAGGCCGUAGGUGCUCUGGAAAUGGACGACGUGGGCACCACCAUUAUGCAGCCCGUCUCUGUGGACGACUUCGAUGACUACUUACUCAAAUAUAUCGGCUACAAUCACAAGCUUGCCCUGUUGCUGGACUAUGAUGGUACUCUAGCGCCCAUUGCUCCUCAUCCAGAUUUGGCCACGCUCUCGCCUGAGAUUAAGAAUGUGCUAUUCAAGCUAUCCAAUCACUCGGAUGUCUAUGUGGCCGUCAUCUCUGGACGCAACGUGGACAAUGUUAAGAAGAUGGUUGGCAUCGAAGGCAUCACCUAUGCGGGUAAUCAUGGUCUGGAGAUUCUGCAUCCCGAUGGCAGUAAAUUUGUCCAUCCCAUGCCAAUUGAGUAUGAGGAUAAGGUUAGUCAAUUGCUCAAGGCGCUACAGGAUUCGGUGUGCCGCGAUGGCGCCUGGGUGGAAAACAAAGGAUCGCUGCUCACCUUCCAUUAUCGCGAGACACCCACCCAGCUGCGUCCUGACAUGGUCGAUAAGGCGCGCAGUCUUAUCGAGAAAUAUGGCUUUAGGGCAACGGAGGCGCAUUGCGCCCUCGAGGCACGUCCGCCUGUACAGUGGAACAAGGGUCGUGCUUCGAUUUACAUAUUGCGCACAUCCUUUGGCGUUGAUUGGAACGAACGCAUCAAGAUUAUCUAUGUGGGCGACGAUCUGACGGAUGAAGACGCCAUGGUGGCCCUGAAAGGUAUGGCGCGCACGUUCCGAGUUACCUCGUCUGAUAUUGUUAAGACCGCUGCCGAUCAUCGUUUGCCCUCGACUGACUCCGUCUACACGCUGCUCAAGUGGGUGGAACGGCAUUUUAUGGGCCGCAAGGCCCGUGCCAAUUCGUUAACGUAUCGCCCCACUAGAGGCGACGGCGUCCAAAUGCAAAUGUCUCUCGAGGUAGCCACAUCGGCCAACAGUUUGGAUGUUUAAACA